AUGUUCUCUAGCUUUUCAUUAGAUAAGAUUACCAAUUCCAUUGGUAACGCAGCUCAAAAGGCAACAAAUACAUUAAACAAUGCAAUCAACACUGCUACAGAUCCUCAAACAAAAUUAUCAAUUAAAUCACAAACAAGAUUAUUUCAAGAACAAUUAGGUACCAUCCAUGAUAUUUCAAAAUUACCAGAUCAAUAUAAAUCAUUAGAAUUGAAAACUGAUUCAUUAGAAAAAUCAAUCAAAAGAAUUUUAUUAGUUUCCAAGACUUUUGAAAUGGAAGGUUAUGACUACCCUCCAAAUUUGACUGAAUCUUUCUCAGAUUGGUGGAACAUUACAAAAAAAUCUUCUUCUCAUAGGAAGAAACAAAUCUCAGUAAACAAUAAGAAGAAAAAUAAUACUGAUAACGAUCAUGACAAUGCUACGAAUGUUGAACCAAUUGAAAAUGAUAUAACUUCUUCUUCUUUCUUACCAAGAUCUUUUGCUCAAGCUAUUUCGAAAUCUGCUAUGGAUUGUACAGAUAUUUAUCAACAGUUAAGUAUUCAAGAAACUGCUACAAAGGAAACUACAAUAAAAGAUGAGAAUGAAGCGCAAGAAGAAGACGACGAAGAUGCUGGCGAAGAAGAAGAAGAAGAUGAUGAUGACGAUGAAGAUAUUCAAAACUUAAUAAAGGCAUUUGAAUCAUGGUCAAAUUGUUAUAAAAAUAUUGAUCAAGGAAAAUCUGAAAUGGAUUCCAUGAUGACAAAGGAAUUUAAUAAUAAAUUGGAAGAUUUAAUUAAUAAUGAAUUUAAAAAAGUUAAUACAUUACGUAAAAAAGUCGCUGAUUCAAGGUUGAAAUUCGAUACUGUUCGUCAUGAAAUUAAAAUUAAAGAAGAAGAACAAGACCAAAAAGAAAAACAAGCACAAGCACAAGCACAAGCACAAGCGCAAGAACAAGAACAAGAACAAGAACAAGGAGAAAAAGCAAAGAAGGAACAAGAAGAAGAACAAGAACAAGCACAAUUAGGAGACAAUGUAAUUGAAGAAUCUAAGAAGAAAGAAGAAGUUAUUAAAGAUGAAAAGAAGAAACCAGAAAUAAAAAGCGGUACUGAAACUACUUCAAAACAAUUAGAAACUGAAGCUGAACCUAAGGCGGAAGUGGAAGCUAAGGUAAAUGAUACUUCCAAAGACCAACUCAAGAAGGAAGACGAUGCAGAAAAACAAGAUGAACAAGACGAUUCUGAGGAACAUAAAUUAUUGGAACAAUUAGAAGAUGAAUUCGUUUCAAGUACAGCAUCCGCAGUUGAAAUGAUGACAGAAAUAACAGAAAGUUCUUCAAUCAUUGGUUUAAUUAAACUAUUCCAAAAUUUCCAAUUGGUUUACUACAGACAAUGUGUUCAAGAAAUUGAAGCCAAUUUGAAAACUUUGAACGAAUUAGAUCAUGCUUAA